AUGCAGAGCUCUUUUCAGCUGGUGUGGCUCUCUUUAGAUACAGCGUUAGGGUUUUCCUAUACAAUCCGUUUUCAUCGUCUUGCUACAGAACUUGAUUGUAAAGUUUACACGUUAAAGAGUAAGGAUAUUAAUUGAGGAAUUUGUUCACAAUGCCUGAGGCGAAGACAAACGCUGGAGAUGGAAAUAAACAAGGUGCUUUCAAAGACAAGGAUAAGCCCACCGAGAUUCGUAUGAGUAACAUCACAGCAGCAAAAGGUGAGUAUUUCUGCCUGUGAUUCAAUAUCUACAACAGGAGGAUUUACAAGAGAACUAUUUUGCGUUCUUAGCUGUUGCAGAUGCGAUCAGAACAAGUCUUGGGCCUAAAGGGAUGGACAAAAUGGUGAGUGACAGCCACAUGUAGCAAUGGAGCUAUGCAGUCUUGUCACUAUCGGAGUUUUGUUGGUGAAACAAACGUGUUCACUUUGUAUGGUUUCACAAAACCUCUUUUUGGCUUAAAUGUUGAAUUUUUGUAACAUAUCCGAAAUUGAAAUGAUGACAGACUUGAUACGACAAAUUAUCCAGACUGGAAAUAAAGGUUUGAAAUAUAUUUUUCAAUUUUUUUUGGCACUCAGCCAGAUUGUCAGCCGGUAACUUUGACUGAUUUCCAGCCGUCAACUUUGACAGAUUUCCAUUUCCAUCUCUUAACCCUCUGACCCCUUAAGAAUUAUAUUACCCCUGAAUUGCACAGUGAAGACAUGAGAAUUAAGGAAAUGAUCUCCCAAACUAUGAUAGGAUGUAAAAGGUUAAUAAAUCAAGUUUUAAGCCUCACAGCCUUAAGCUUUGCAGCUUUACGAGUUAGUCAGCCUCAUAUACUCUCUUGCAUUUUUUCAUAGAUAUUUUGGGUGAUGAGAUACUGGUCUCUGUUCUAAUUCAUAUUCACUUAAAAGGAAUUGUAACAAAUCCCUCUGUACAGCUUAGUACAAUGCUUAUUCCAAAAAAUUGAAAUUAAUGUUGUUUGUGUUCUUGGCUACUGUCUUAGAUCCAAAGUGGAAAUGGUGACGUAACAAUCACCAAUGAUGGUGCCACAAUUUUGAAGCAAAUGCAGGUGUUGCACCCAGCUGCAAGAAUGGUAAAGUGGUUAUUUAUUCAUAUUGAGAUAUAUAGUAGAGUUUCCUGUUAGUAGAGGGAGUGGAAAGAUAUAAAAAUCUGCCAGUGGGUGAAUUAGCUAUGAUUACCAACUGCAUCACUAAGUGGGGGUUGGGUGACCAAGACAUCCAGGAGCUUCCACUAUUGGCAGCCAGCUCCUAGAUGGAGACUGCUCCCAUGGCUGGCAAAUCCUGAGAACCCAGCCACGAGCUCUCAGGCAGGAAAGGGAAACAGGCACCAGUCACAUUGAAUAAACAGUGGAAAGAGGGAAGGAAGAGGGAGAAAAACAGCCUGGAUAAUGAGCUGGCACUUCAAACAAUGCUGAAAGUUCACACUCAAAGCUUUCACAAGAAAGCCUUAAAUGAAUAGUACAUGGAAUUCCCAGGCACACGCAUAUGCAACAAUAGCAGACUACUAGAGAAAGCUGAUGCUCUUUGUUGUUAACUCUGUUAAAUUACAUUAAACUGCAUAUAAUUUUUACUGCAAAAUUUAUAUGUAAUGUUUCUUGUUGUAGUUGUAUGUUGUACUCCACUACUGAUGUAUAAUGUGAGUCUGUACCAAGUGUUUGUUUUUACCCUCUUCAUUAAAUAGCUUGCCCACAUUUCUGGCUUGUUAUUCAGAUGGGAGGGAGAAAUCAAAUGGUUGCUCCAACAACUUUACUGUAACUGAUACGUUUAAAGUCAAUAGAAGCAAUCAACAUGGGCUUGUUAGGUGUACAGUUGUACAUUUAGACCAUCUGUAAAGUAUGAAUUAAUGUAUCUGCUGUGUUCAUAUAUAUAAUGCCUUGAGAGUCUUAGUUAUAAAUUUUUUUCAUGCAGUAACUUGUUUCCAGGACUACAUUUUUAAGCUUGACUUCUUGAGUUGCAAUGAAACUAGUGCUUAUGUGUGUUAUGCAGUAAAAAGUUUGUUAUCUUUUCUCUCAUAAAUGAGUUUUAGGUUUUGAUACUACUGACAGCUUUUGUGUACCAUCUAAACCACAUGAGUUAAAAUUGUAUAUCUAUUAUUGUGAUUUUAGCUGGUAGAGUUGUCUAAAGCUCAAGACAUAGAGGCUGGAGAUGGUACAACAACUGUAGUAGUGAUUGCUGGAAGCUUACUCAGUGCUAGUGCUAAACUACUGGAGAAAGGUAACUUUUUACUACAUACACCUUAAAAGGAUUAAUUGUAUGUGGAAAUUAGAUACAGACACCAUGUAAGAUUUAUCUCUUUAAAUGUGCUUGGCUAGAUAGUUUGAGCAACAUUAGCAUCUUCUUGAGUUAUUUACAUUUAGUGUAAUGGAAAGAAUGACAUUAUACCCUCUUCAUUUAAUAGCUUGCUUGAACCAAUGGCUUGUUAUUCAGAUGAGAGGGAGAAAAAAAAUGAUUGCCCCCAACAACUUUUUCAUUAAUCUUUUAAUGUUAAGGUCACUCUAGGCAACCUACAACUUUUCUUAAAAUUAUUUGAGAAAGAUUUGGGCAGAGAACUCUUAAAGUAUAUCUGUACCAACUUGUUUACCUCCUGUUUUUUUUUUAAUUACUUGUGGUCCUAGAGAUAAAACAAAAUUCAAAGAAAACGUUGAUUAGAGUCUCACAAAUUAUUUAUCUUUAAAGUUUGGUCUGAGAGCAUAAUGUACAAAUGUACCUCAAGAUUUGGACUGGAAAAUUUACCUUCCAGAGGUAGAAAGAUGUCACAAAAUUAAAGACACUAAAGUGAUCAGAUGUAUUGAUCUUUUUUAACAGUCUUUCUUCAUCAUUGUAGGAAUUCACCCCACCACUGUAUCUGAAUCUUUUGAGAAGGCAGCUGCUAAGGCAGUGGAAAUACUGACGACCAUGUCCUCGCCAGUUGCUCUAAGUGACAGAGCAUCUCUACUGAAAAGUGCAAUGACAUCCCUCAGUUCUAAGGUGAUGGGGCUGGCACCAAUUGUGUGUUAAUUAAGUACUGUCGAGUAGUUAACUCUACUCCACUCCACUUCCAACAGGUUUUAAGCUGCAUGAAAGUGUUUUUCUGACAUUCUUGUCUUCUUUAAAUCUGAGUAGUGUUUUUUUGAGAUUUUGACAUCUCUUUAGAUGUUGUGUGUGGUCUUAAUAUUUCCUUUCAUUUCCUCAUCAGGUUGUCUCUCAGUACUCAAAUCUUCUGGCACCAAUCACAGUUGAUGCUGUCCUUAGAGUCAUUGAUCCUGCAACAGCUGAAAAUGUUAACCUUAAAGAUAUCCGAGUUGUGCAGAAAUUAGGGUAUGUCGUUAAAAUGGAUUUGCUUAAAUUUUGCCCAGUUCUGUUUCCAUGUAGCAACAUUAGGCUGCAAAAUUGCUUCUCUGUAAGAAGAUUUGUAAAGAUGGGUACAGUGUGCAAGGACUCUGGUUUACAGCUAUGAUGACCAAAUGAUUGCCCCCAUAAUAUUCUUCUGUGAUUAAUCAAUCUGCACCAUUGAGUGCUGUCUGAGCUGUUUCCUUGUAUAGUGUUGAUAUUUUACCAUAGUGAAUAUUUUCGGUCUGUUUUGGUUCAGAAAAUUUUCUGUCUUGAAUGUUCAUGAUAUCACAAUUUCUGUCUGUGACAUGACUGUCAGACAAAUAACUUGAAUUGUGGAAUUAACUCCAAGCUUUGAUUAACUCAUCUUCGGAAACUCUUGCUUCCUCUUCUCAUCUUGGCAUGGUCUUGAGCAAUAUUAACAAUUCUUUUACCUUCUUCACUGAGAUGGUUGUGUUUUGUUUUUCAGUGGCACAGUAGAUGACACAGAGCUGGUGGAGGGUCUUGUUCUGGAACAAAAAAUCAGCCAUUUGGCUGGAGGAAUAUCGCAAGUGGAGAAAGCCAAAAUUGGACUUAUACAGUUCUGUAUUUCACCUCCUAAAACAGAUGUAAGUUUGAAUGGAUUGAUAACUUUGUGUGGAUAGCAAGUAAAAUUCACAAAUCUGUAUCUAAUUUAGUAAAAGAUAAGCAGUUUUUCAAGCAUGGGGGUGCACUGAUUUUGCCGAUAGGCCUAGGCAACAUAAACCUGUUCAGAUUUCUGAUGUUAAUAUAAACAAGACCAAUUUUCUGUUUACUAUAUUCAGAGUUAAAAAUCACCCCAAGAAUUCACAGUAAUCAUAUUAAAGAAACCUUUUUUAACCCUUUAAUUCCUGAGAGUGACCAGCAUCUAAAUUCUCCUUUCAAUAUCACCCCUGAAUCAAACAUUAAGGUUAUGAGAAUAAAGGAAAUGAUAACAAACUGAAGAAUCUCUAGAUUGUUUAACAAAUUCUCCUUGCCAGCACAUUAGGAAAUUUAUAGAGAACAGUAUGGAGAAUAUGCAUACUGAUGUUAAGGUGUAAAGGGUUAAUUGACCAGACUAUGAAUUGUUUUCCUUUCAGAUGGAAAAUCAAGUAAUAGUUAGUGACUACACACAGAUGGACAGGGUGUUACGCGAGGAACGUCAGUACAUCCUUGAUAUCUGCAAGAAAAUAAAAAAGGCAGGAUGUAAUGUCCUGCUCAUCCAAAAAUCUAUUUUAAGGUAUGUUGUGCACAUUUUUCAGCUUUUGUGUUUAUUUGUAGUCUUGUUGAUUGGGUUGUUAUUUUAGGACCAGGCGAAGAAGGCACAAGUUUAAAUUUUUGCAGAGUUUUUAUCUUUAUCUCUGUUAAUAUUCUCUGCUGUUUUCUGUUUUACAGAGAUGCUGUCAGUGACUUAGCCCUCCAUUUCUUGAACAAAAUGAAGAUUCUUGUUGUUAGGGACAUAGAGAGAGAUGAAAUAGAAUUCGUAUGCAAGGUAAGUGAACCUUGUGGGGCUAAGGAAUUUAUUCAAGCAAUCCAGGGGAAAAUAGUCACAAAUAGUAGAAAGAUGUAGCCAGAGAACUCCAUUUUGAAGUUCAUAGAGGUUACUGGAAUGGUGGUACACAUUUUUGUCUCAAGAUUCUUGUCUGAAAGCGUAUAUUAGUUAUAACGUUAUAUAGGGUUGAAUCUUAAUUGGAGGGAAAACGGCUGAAAAUAAACUGUAAGCUGGUUUUUUUUUUUCUGAAAGUGUUUAGAACUUAUUAGUAUAUUGAUAUUAAUCUUGAUUUGAGUCAGUCGUGACUUAAACAACAAUUUUAGGUUGUCACUACCAGAACUUUGCGUGGAAAUGAAUGCAGUAAAUUUGUUAUCUUCUUGAUUUCAGAGCUUAGGAUGUAAACCAAUUGCCAGUUUGGAUCACUUCACUCCAGAGAUGUUAGCAACUGCAGAGCUUGUGGAGGAAGUACCCCUGGGUACCAGCAAAGUAGUCAAGGUGACAGGGGUUACCAAUCCUGGUCGAACUGUCAGCAUAUUGGUGAGAGGAUCCAACAAGCUUGUCUUGGAAGAGGCUGAGCGAUCACUUCAUGAUGCUCUUUGUGUUGUGAGAUGCUUGGUUAAGAAGAGGUAACUCGUGAAUCAUGAAAACGAUAUCUUACUGGAAGAUCACUUCCCUUGAAUGUGGUAGGGGAGGAAAAAUGUCCAUAAACAUUGACUCAAAAGGAGGAAGAGUGUGGAUAUGCAAGUACCAAAGCCUUUUCCUCAAGCUUGUUAUGAUUGUUAAACAUUUUUCUUUACUCUGAUACUUCCUUUAUACUUCGAGCUUAUUUCUAUUGGUUUUACGGGCCGAAUUUCACUGUACUGCCCCAUAUAUUCAAAGUUUGUUUAAAUUGAGAUCUUCCCCUUCAUAAGCCAGAGUCUUAGUUAUGCAACUGUAAGUGUGAGUAACACAGUAUGCUUAUAAAUCUUCUAAAAUAUAUAUAAUAAUUGUCAACGUUAUAAAAAAAAGAGAUUUCUAUCAGAAAUCUUCGUACAUACCUCUUACUAAUCUUGUUUUCUCGGUCCGUACUUUAAAUUACGGAACCUUGCGCUUGGGCCGUAAAUCCGAGCGGAAAUAACUCGGUCUGUGACUUACAGUACGGGCCAAGAAAGCGAGGGUAGUAAGAGGUAUGUGUGAAGAUUUCUGACAGAAUUCCUUUUUUUCAACGUUGGCUAUGAUUAUAUGUAUGGUAGAAGGUUUAUAAGCGUAGCAUGUUACUCACACCUAUAGUUGGACAACUUAGACUUCGUACCAGAUUAACAGGGACAGAGUCAUUUUUCAUAUUUGUUCUUCAACCGAUUCAUUUCUUAUUCAUAUUAUUAGUUGAUUUAAUUCAUUCUGAUUCUUGAUAUCAACAGAGCUCUCAUAGCGGGAGGCGGAGCUCCAGAGAUCGAAGUGUCCAUCAAGCUGGCUGAACAUGCGCGCACGUUGACAGGAAUGGAGGCGUAUUGUGUCCGUGCAUUUGCAGAGGCGUUGGAAGUUAUCCCUUACACACUCUCCGAGAAUGCUGGUCUGAAUCCUAUUGCUACAGUCACGGAGCUAAGGAACAGGCAUGCAAAGGGCGAAACUACUGCAGGAAUAAACGUCAGGAAGGUGAGAUCCUGGAAAUUCUAUUCAAGUGUUCAAAUGUUUAUUUUGUGGACCGUUUUUACUCCACAACAGUUACAUAUAGAAGUCUGUUAUUCUUGUUAUACUUUGUCCAACUCCGAUAGUUCUUUAAAUACCUUGAAGUUUUCUAUCAUGUUUGGCCUUUUGGCGUUUGGUUUUUGAAUUGUGCCCGGCAUCUUUAAGAAAUGUAAGUUGAGCACAGCGAGAUACAUUGUUUCAUAACUUUUUCUUGGGAAAUUGACUUGUUAACCUCAACGUCGUGUGCUACGGGCAGUUUCACUCGUAUGGCAUUUUUUUUUUUUUAUUUGUUGGCAGAGUUUUAUUCAGUUUUCUUUUUUCAUAUUUCAUUUUUGUUCAUAUCUUUGUUUUUCAGGGCACAAUUACUAAUAUUCUAGAAGAGAACGUUCUGCAGCCGCUUCUCGUGUCAACCAGUGCCAUUCAGUUGGCAUCCGAGACAGUUCGUAGCAUUCUGAAGAUCGAUGACAUUGUAAGUAUAAAUAACUAUCAUUGGUAAAUUUAACGGCCUCAAGUUAUACAAGUUAUUCUAAGCAGACCGCACGCAACCGGGAUAUUUUUCCCACUGGUUUCAUAAUGACGGAGGUUAAGUGAGAGUAACAAGGAGCUUUAGAAACAGCAAUAUACAAUGACAGCUACUUUUUUAUGACAGAAGUUAAAGAUUAGAGUCAGUGUGUUCAAAACAGGAUUACCAAACUUUUGAUUUAGCUAUUCACAGGUUUAAGCUUUUAGUUCCACCAUCCCUUCCUCACAGUAAGAUGAGCUCCCACCAAAAUCUGGCCCCAAUACACGUUGCAGUAUAAAAUUGGAAAAACCAGAGCAAGAAUUAAUUUCCGAAAUCUUCUUUUACAGGUAAAUACAAGAUAAAUGUCGAAGGAAAGAUAUCACUAAGAAGCCAUGUGCCGCUGGGAUGCGAGCGCGUGUACAGGAGAAACUAAAAAGACCACAAACAGAUCGAAACCUACUCAAAAUAAACUGUUCAGCUUGAUAUGAACAAUUUGCACAGUGUUGAGUCACCAGUUUCUCCAUUAUGAAAUGGAGACAUUUGGCAACUGAAUUACUCAGAAUUCCUGGCUUUCAAUAUUAUUAAAGAGAGUGAAAUACUUUGUGUUUAAAUUAUUAUUUAGUUGACGAGUUCAAGGGUGUAGACAGGAUCCUUCAAAAUGAGGUUCCUUCAUCGCUGUCGGAUUGGAGAGGGUGCUAAAUAUUAGUUUGAGAGUCACAAACAUGUAACCUGGUGUGUUUCAACCUUUUACUGUCUAACAUCAGGAUAUAUAUUCUCCAUACUGUUCUCUAUGCAUCCUCUAAGUUUCUGACGAGGAGAAUCACUUCCUCUAUUCUCGUGACCGCAAUGCAUGAUUCAGGGGUGAUGUAGUAAGGAGACAUUAGAUGCUAGUCACUGGCAGGGGUUCAAAGUGUUAAAAAUGUUUCAUUGUGCGUUGUUGAACUGUUUGUCAGACAUCUCGAUAAACUAGACGAGGAACAGACCUAGAAAACGCCAGGGCGUGUCACGAAUAAUCGCGAUUCCUUUCUCUAAAUACCGGUAGCAAUUCUGUCAACAAGGGGGGUAAGUUUCUAAAGAAACUGGUGCUGCGUCGGUGGGAGAGUGUAACAAGGUAAUUUUAGUAUUAUCGACUGAGUUGAUAGCGUUAAUUGGCCACCGUAAAGAGUCGAAAAGCUGACGUUUUGAGCUUCAGCCCUUCGUCAGAGCGAUUGACAAAGGGCUAACGCUCGAGACGUUAGCUUUCUAACUCUACGGUGGCCAAUUUACAUUAACAACUCAGUUGAUAAUGAUAAAUUGUCAAGCAAUUCUCUUAACUCAUUUCGUUGCUAUGCAACAAUUAAAGUAAUCUUAUGCAACAUACCGGCUUCUAACUGUCAGGAGACGGGAAACAGGAAAUCGGGAAUUUAUAUAAGACUGACGGAAGGUUCCACAAGUAAUUACAUUUUAAGUUCAUUAUUUUAGUUCGCGAGCAAAGAAAAGUGAUUCGAAUUUGAGGCUGAACCUUGCAUCAACCCAGGUGGGUAGAAAAUAAUAAUUUCUGGUGCACGUGCAGGGCGAAGCUGCAAAAUACAUGUAUGUUUUGAAUGAACGAUCUCACCAGCAAGAGCUUACUCCCAAGCGUGCAUAAUUGCCAUAUAAAUAAACCGCUGCAUUCUUGAGCAUCGCUGUGACAAGGUUGGGAGGUUUUUACGCUACAAUAAAUCUCUUGUUGAUUCAGCUUACGAAUCUUUAGUGUCUCUGUGAAACAGGGCCAAAAUACUCCCCACACUGCAAGGUGGCGACCCCACCAGGACAGCUUGACAUAUUGUAUCGUAUCGGUUCGACGGGUGAUACUGUUCUUGCGAAGUGAGAGUAGAGCGGAAGAUUUGAUUUUGAAGGGUUAAGAACGGAUUGGAACGAUAAUCAACAAUAAUAAAUAAACAAGUAUAAAAAUAGUAAAUAGUUUUCCGUAAUGGGAACACAGCUUGAGUUACUAUGAUCAUCAGAUUGACACCAGGAAAUUUUAACCCUUCUACCUUUCCUCUUUCGAGAGGAAACUGGGUUCAAGACAAAGUCACGCAAGUUCGUUGCCAUAAACAUGGCCGACCGAGACCAAAGCGGCCGUCCGCCGCUACUUCCAUCGGGCUAUGACUACGACUUUGUUACAGAACUAGAUGAAGAUUUUGUCUGUCAGAUAUGCCAGUUACCUUUAAGAAAUGCUGUGUUAACUAGAUGUGGACACAGAUUUUGCCAUGACUGUCUCAUUGAACAUUUCAAACGGUAAGUUGGAAUGGUUAUUCCAGAACUGUCGUCUGAGUGAGUCUAUUGAUCUUCGAAUGCCUAAUGAAUUAUAGAUGAAACAGGACUACCCCUAUUUUGGAAGAAGAAGCAUAUUUCACAGAUGAUAAUUCUGUAAUUACUUAGAGCCAAUGCCAUCAUCAAUGCAACUUUUUAAGAAGUGUAGUCAAAUGUUCGAAUCCAAGUCAGCUGAUGCAGAACUUAGUUCCUCGUGAGACAAAAACAAGCUGCAAGGCAAUUUCAAACUUCAUGUUGAUGUCCAAUUGUGGAGUUCUAGUUGUUUUUAUAUUUCCAUUGUCGAGAAAUAUGAGGCAUUGAAGCCUUGUUAGGAAUGAAAUCAUCCUGAUUGGUUUUAGCUUCCUUCUGGUCAUAAUGAAUCAAACCGAGCAGUUAAAAGCUUCGCACGUAUCUUGAAAGUCGUGUUUUAAAUUCAUAGUUUGUUUCAACGCAAACAUUUGCGAUAUGUCAGCUCUAAGGUCCGAAAAGAGUAGCCUAAAUCUGGCAAGUGGGUGGGCAAAACUUUGAAGUUUGCCCUAAUUUCAAGUUUGGGAUGCAUAUUCUCUGGUAGAUGACAUUGCACAAUUGCCAGCGAGAAAUGUUUCGUCAUUGAGUCUGCAGAAUUUCGCACUACGUGAACCAAGAACGGUUCUCUUGUUAUUACAAAUCUUCUAUUUUGUGGUAAUACACAAAUAGAUGCAUGUAACGCGAAGUAAAAUCUCUUGUCCUUGUCACUGCAUUAUCUGAAUGCGGGCAAAAUUUUGUUGCUUUGCUUUUCACAGUGGGGUUUUUGCAAAACUACCGUAGAAAAACAAGUGGUGUCUUUAUAGGAUCUCACAAUCGAAAACAGUGUUUUCUUCGUCAACAUAAUGAAACCAGGGUCAUUUUCAGGACAACUACGUUAUCUUGAUGGUUACCCUACAAAAUAUACAUUGAAUGUUGACACAUUGAAUGUUACUUUAUCACAAAGUUGCAUUUCUUUUGACGAGAGUUCUCUCUUUUUAGAAUACAACAUCCUAACUGCCCACUAGACAGAACAAGACUGGAUAAAGACAAGGUACUUCCUAUAGUAGUUUAUUCCAAGUGCUUCUGUAACAAAAAAGCUUAUUCUCCAUCUCACUCAAUUUUAAGGCUAUUUUUACAAAAAACACACGUAAUUGUUAUGCCUAUAUUCCCGAAGUAAGUUGGUUUUUCUUAACUAAGAUGUCUUAAAGUAAAUGGUUUGAACCCAGGAGUAUCAGUAGUUCGUAUAGUGUGAUUGUCCGGGUGAGUGUUUCCAACAUCAGUUCUUUUCAGAACUACACUCAUCCGGACGAUCACACUAUACGAACUACUAAGAUGUCUUGUUUAAACCAUCUGCUAAUACCAGAUCCUUUUUCAGUCAAGUUGCUCAAAGAUCUUUAGAAAAAGUCACAUUAUGUACUCACUUAUAUGAAUAUUUAAGUUAAAACUUUGUAAUUGCAGUUAAUUUCUAUAUAUGAAACAUUAGCUGCUUUCAUUCUGUUCCCCAGAUAUGCUACUUGUACCUAAAAGUGAAAGAGCAGGGAAAGUGGAAGAGGAGAGAAUGUUACUUAAGUUCACAACUUUCCUACAAUAAAAUUGAUCCCAAAAUUAAUCUUAGCCUCAAUCAGUUAGGAAUGAUUAAAUUUGAUUUUGAUCUGUUUUCUUAUCCAUCAUUUCAAUCUUAUUUUAUUUGUAGGAUAUUUUUCCAGAUAAGGCAAGUGAGAGAAGGAUUCUCUCUUACUUUGUCAAGUGUCCUAAUAAAUGCCAGUGGGAAGGAGAGCUCAGAGAUGUGGAGGUAGCUAAUCAGAAUUUUUUCCUCAAAAAAAAAAAAAAAUGAGGUGGAUAUAUUAAGUCCUAGCUUGCUGGUAAACUUUUCCUACUAAUUUACCAGCAAACCUAACUUUAGGUGCUUAAGCUUAAAGCACAUGAAGUCAAGCAUGGUCCUAGGGAUAUGAAAAUCUUGAAAUCCAUGCUUUCAGUCUAUCAUCAUCCCUUUGAUUUGUCGGCUUAAACAGGUAUGAAAUGGAAGUUCAUAUUCAACAUUUAAAAGGGAGUAGGAGUGUCAAAGCUGUCUGUAUUUUAUUAGUUAACAGUCUUAAUCUGAUGCUUUUUUACACACACCUUUUUUACGCACACCUUUUGCUGCGCUGAUGUGGGGCUAACACUUGAAAAUUCAGCUUUGAAACUCUUUACAGUGGCUAAUUUACGUUAUACAAACUCAGUUGAUAAUACUAAGUUUCCCUGUUAUACCCUCUCACCUAUGCAGUAAUACAGUUUCUUUAGAAACUUACUGCCUUUAUUCGUAUUGUUCCUUGUCUGAUGUUACAAACUAAGGGAGACAAGAUUAAUCUUGUCUCAUCAAGACAUUUAAUCUGCUUUUCAGAAAUCUACUGGUUACCCUAAUGUAGAUGAUACCAGAUUUAAAAGUUGUCAUUCUGACACAUACAUGUAUAACAAGCAGCUCAUUUUAGAAUAAAAUUCUACUUGUGUGAGGGAUAAUUUUUAGGUGAUUGUAACUGCUUUUUACUUUUUCAAAUUUCAUUGUUUUGCAUUCUAGUGUGCAUACAUGUACCAUGUGCUGUUGCUAAGUAUUGCUAUUUUUGUUGGAAUCUUUCAGAACCACCAACAGAUUUGUCCCUAUGAAGUUGUGCAGUGUCCAAGUUCCAACUGCCGUGUGUUCCUGGCAAGGAACCAGAUUGAAGAACAUGUGGCCAUGUCGUGUCAAUGGAGAAUUGUUUCUUGCCAAUUUUGCCCAGAAGAGUAUCCAAAAGCUGAAGAACAUGUGAGCAGACUUGAAUAAGCCAUCUUAAUGUGUGGUUUGACAGACAGAAACCUGAAUGCUGUUUUAUUAACUUUGAACUAAUAGCCAUCACAUUUCUUGUGCAAUAUCAGUAUCACUACUCCUCCUUGUCUUCAACCUCUUCCCUCUAGAGGCAUUUUCCAUGCAAGUGUCUCCAUGUUGUUUUUACUGGCACUCUAUAUUCCAGGGGAUUUAGGUAUUUGCACAGUUUGCAGUUACUGCUGUAUUUUCUUCUUAUAAUAUCAAUACAUCAUCAAAUAGACUACUGACAAGAAUAACAAAAAAUAUUACUUAGGGGAUUAUUAGUUGAUCCAACACCAAAUUCUCCAAACUAGCAUAAGAGUUGUAUGGUAAACACUAAGGAGAAUCAGUUAGGAGUGAAGGGGUCAAUCAAACAGUACCCUCAUUUCCUUGGGGUAUGAAUAGGUAUUUGCAAACUUUUAGGGAAGUUUGUUGAAAUACUUACAGUGGGAUUAUUCCAUUAUGUACUAACUCCUGUGCAACAAAAGCAUGCUACUGUAAGAUUAAAAUGAUGUUUCAGCUGUUAAUUUUACUUUGUAGAUUCACAAUGAAACCUGUCCUAUGUUCCCUCUGAACUGUUCCAAUGGUUGUGGACAAGUUGUCCCAAGGGAGCAGGUAAGAGAGAUGUUUAACUCAGAGUGAAGCCUUACAAUAAUUUCCACAGAAUUUUUACAGGUCUCUUAUGGUGCAGGAAAAAGUACAAGUAAGGUAGCUCUUCAUCCUAAGGGUAAACUGCAUUGUACCUGCUACAGCAAUCCUCUUACUCUGGGGAAGAAACUGAACUCUGCGAUGAACUACUCUGUUUUCCCUUUUGGUAUGAAACUGUUUUGGAUCAAUAUCAGUAUCUGGGCAACUGCCCACCUACCCCUCCCCUAACUCAACAACAGUUAAUUGACAACAAGUUAAGGUUAAUGUAGGGUUAGGGGAGGGGUAGGUGGGCAGUUGCCCAGAUACUGAAAUUGAUCCACUGUUUUGGGUAAAAACUCUACUGGCCCUUUCUUUUAUUUUCUUAGCUUCCUGUCUGUCCUGAUAAGAAAAGUGUUUAUUUAUGAGAGAACUCCCUGUGGAUUAAUUUUCCUCAAUCCUUAGAUACGUGCUGCCAUAUAUCAAUCAGAAUACACCUCAAGGGUAGGGUAGAUCGUGAAGAGACCCACCGUAUAUCAAUCGGAAUACCUCUCAAGGGUGGGGUAGAUCGUGAAGAGACCCACCGUAUAUCAGAAUACCCCUCAAGGGUGGGGUAGAUCGUAAAGAGACCCAAAAGAACAUCAAUUGGAAACUACAUACUUAGAUGUAUGUCAGUAGAAUUGAAAUCUGUGUAAAUUUUUCUCUCUGUUUACAUAACUAUCAGCCAAUGUUACCAAGCUGUCAACAAACUAAUACCUGCCACUUUCCCUUCUUGUUUUUUGUUUUGGUUUUGAAUAUUUACCAAAAUAUCUACAUCAUAGUCAUUCCUAGGGUUAGAGGAAUUUUUACACACAAAACAACUUUUUUUGUUUCGUAGAUGUUAAAGCAUUUGGAAACAGAGUGCCACCUUACGCCAGUGUCUUGUCCUUUUCAUGACUUGGGGUGCAACAUGAAAGUAAGUAUUACUAGUAGCACCUCUUCGGGUGUAAUUUGAUAUAAACCACCACAGGAAAUUUUUCUAAUAUCACCCGAGCAAUUUUACCACAAAAAAUCGUCCUCCUCAGACUCAUUGGGUAUUGUCGAAAUUAGCGUCGACUUCCUCUUGAGGACUUUAAAUAUAUUCACCGGACCUUCGGUGAACAAUAGUUUAAAAAAGGGAUGUAGGUCACAGCACGCUGGCGAGUACAAAGUAGCUUGUUCGGUAGAGCUUUCUACCGCUAAAUUUGAAGAAGCUGAGAUUCGAAGCUUCACCGAGUGGAAGACAGAUUUGAAUUUGUCCCAUGCUCGUAGCAAAUGUGAAACAUGUUUCCUAAUGGCCGCGUUACAUUUACAGGUGGAAAGAAGAAACUUGGAAACACACGUUCGUGAAGAUACGACUACUCAUUUGAGCUUCGCUUGCAAGAAGCUCGCCCUACUGCAGCAAGAAUUUGACGAGGAGAAAAAAACCCUUAAGAAACAACUGGACGACCUGAAAAAGGAAAACAACAAUCUCUUGCUCAAAGUUUCAGCACAGGAGAAAGAAAUGCAUAAGAGCCAGAUGGAAACUCCGAUGUUUGUAUGGAAGAUAACUGGUUUCGGUGACAUAUUACACCAGGCCAAAGUUGGCCGGAACAAUAAAAUAGACAGCGAUCCCUUUUACACUGGAAAGUAUGGCUACAAGUUAAAACUCUCCGUCAAUCCCAACGGCGACGGAUCAGGCAGGAAUACUCACCUCUCUGCGUUCGUAAUCGUCAUGAGAGGUGAACACGACGCAAUAUUGCCUUGGCCAUUUAAUCAGAAGGUCACAUUUACGCUUAUAGAUCAGCAAGAGAGCCUAGACGAGCGUCAGAACGUUACUAUGCUCUUCAGAGCCAAUACGAAACUAGAGAACUUUGCCAGACCCACUGCAGAAGAAAACCCUGGUCGUGGGUACGCGAGAUUCAUGUCUCACGAGAAAUUGAAAACGAGGCGGUAUUUGGUGGACGACACGUUGUUUAUCCAAGUUGAUGUGGGACCGCCUUCUCUGUGACCCUGAAGAUCCAAACAUGUUUGUUCGUUAAGA